AUGGGAAGUAUGGAAGAUAGCCAGAAAAGAGAGACAAAUAAACCCAACACUUCAGAAAUAGAUGAAAAUGAUUGUGGAGAGGCUGAAGAAUUAGAAUCAAUGAAAAAGAAAUAUAUGGAAGCAACAUGCGAUCUGGAUAGGUUUCACGAGGACCUAAGAAUAUAUGGAGAGAAGAGUCUUCUAAGACUUAUGAAGUUUGGUACUGGAGGGAUGAGAGGACCAAUGAGAAGUGGAUUUAAUGGAAUUAACGAGGUCACGUGUAACCUUAUUGGGACUGAGCUCUGCAAAAGAUUCUCUAGUAUUGUAAUAGGAUGUGACGGGAGAUAUAACUCGCUGAACUAUGCGAUUCUGCUGAGGGAGAUAUUUAGGCUCAAUGGGAAAAAGGCUGAUUUGUAUCCAGAGGUUGUGACGCCAUUUCUUGCCUUUCUUACAUGUAAACUAGGGGCUGAGGCAGGAAUAAUGGUUACGGCGUCACAUAAUCCUAAGGAAUACAAUGGCUUUAAGGUGUACACAUCCAAAGGAAGCCAGAUAGGCCCGCCAUUGGACAGAGAAAUAGAGGAGUCAAUGAGGGCUCUUGACCUGACACGGUUCGACAGGACGGGGGAGCAUGGAAAUAUACUUAGGCAAAUAAAAGAGGAGAAUAACGUUCUACGGGGAAAGGGAGCAUCAAGCUCUAGGAAGAGAGAAAGUGGUAAUCUAGCUGGUGAUGAUAUUUCGCGAAGAAACGAGCUUAUAAGCUCUUAUAACGAAUGGAUGUUUGAAGGCUGGAAUGAUAAUAUAAUCCAAGACAUUAGGAAUACAAGUCCUUUGGUUCCUAUAGUCUUUACGGGACUUUGUGGAGUUUCUGGAGAGUUUGUAAAGAAGGCCUUAGAGUUUUACAAUCUUGAUGGCACUGUGUAUUUUAUUGACGAAGAAUGCAACCCAAAUCCAGACUUCCCAAAUCUUCCUUUUCCAAAUCCGGAAGUCGCCGAAACUCUUGCAAGAUCCAAAGAAUCAAACCUUGCAGACAUUAUAUUUUCUUGUGAUCCAGAUGGAGAUAGGUUUGGGCUCUCUGAGAGAAUUGAUGGGGAAUGGGUUGACUACAAUGGAAACGAAAUAGCAGCUAUGUUCAUGUACUUUUUUGUCAAGAACUUCUCACCAUCAGACCUUGCCUUUGUGAACACCUAUCUAUGUAACGAUCUUAUGGAAAAGGUUUGCUCUGCCCAUGGAAUCGAGUACUUGAAGACGGAAACAGGGUUUAAGAAUGUCAGCCGGGGUGUUGACUCUGUGAAAGGAAAGAAGGUGUUUGCUUAUGAAGACUCCCUUGGGUUUCUGUUUGGAAACGGGAAAGAGAAGGAUGGAAUCAAGUGUGUAGUUCUUAUGGCAUACAUGGUCCAGAAAGAGCUUCCGAGUAAGAUUCUAAAAAAGAUGGAAAUGUAUGGAAGUUUUAGUUCUGUGAACAUUCAUGUAAGAUGCAGCAACCCUGACAAUGUUCUUGAGAGGGCUCUUAGAAAGCUUCCAAAUGUAAAAACAGAAGGGAAGAGAAGUGCAGUGAAGUUCGACAACUACAAGGUGAUAUUGAGAGUAAGCGGAACAGAGUCGAUGGUGAAGGUUUAUACAAGUUCUACAGCAUUGGAUAAGAAAAGCCUUGCAAAAGUAGCCAACGAUUUUAUUGACAAAUAUAUUAGAAGUGAGAUAUCUCAAUCUCACAAUUGA